CCUCCGGAACGCUCGGGAGGGACGGACCGGCGCGGGGCAAGAUGGCGGCGCCCACACGGUUGUACCAUGUGUGGGUGGGGGCUGAGACCGGAGCCCUCAAAGGGGUGAACCUGCAGCGCAAAGAGGCCACGAACCACGUGGGGGGGUCGGGGCUGAGCCGGGGCCGGGGGGUCUCGGCCCUGAGCUGGGGGGAUCCCGCACAGACCGAGGUGCUCGUGGGGUCCUUGGAUCGCUCCGUGAGCGUUUUCAGCACCGAGAAGGGAAAAUUCAUCGGGGAGAGGCUCUGCCCGGGGGGGGACGGGGCCUUCUGCGGGCUGGGGGUGCUCGGCAGCUCCAUCGUCACCGCUGUGGAGUCGGGGCUGGUCCGGGUCUGGGGGGAAGACGAGGCUGAGGAGCCCCUGCAGGAGCUGCAGGCAGGGCCGGGGCUCUGCCGGAUGCGCCAGGACCCGACACGGCCUCACCUGGUGGGGACAGGGGGGAAGGAGAACGGGCUCAAAAUUUGGGACCUGCAGCGGCCUGGGGAGCCCCUGUUCCGUGCCAAGAACGUGAGGAACGAUUGGCUGGACCUGCGUGUUCCAGUGUGGGAACGGGACCUGCAGUUCCUGCCAGGAUCCCAAAGGAUCGUCACCUGCACAGGGCAUGGACAGGUGCGUCUCUACGACCCCUCCACGCCCCAGCGCCGCCCGGUGCUCGACGCCACCUUCGGGGAGGCUCCACUGACAGCGCUGGCCCUGCCCCCCGGGGACACCUCGGUGGUCGUGGGCAGCGCCCGGGGGGACGUGGCCGUGCUCGACCUGCGCAAAGGGCGGGUGCUGCGGGCACUGAAGGGUUUUGCAGGGGGGGUCCGGGGGCUGCAGUGCCACCCCCGCCUGCCCCUCGUGGCCUCCGUCGGCCUCGAUCGAUUCCUGCGCCUGCACCGGCUGCAGGACGGGCGGAUCCGGGACAAGGUGUACCUCAAGUCUCGCCUCACCUGCCUCCUGCUGAACACACACCUGGACUGGGAGGCCCAGGAGGAGCCCCCUCCCCAAAAAGAGGUGAAGGAUGAGGAGGGGGACGAGCUCUGGGAUGCUCUGGAGUCCAUCCCCACCCCCAGGAAGGCCAAGAAAAGGAAAAUUUCGGGGCUCUGA